GGGAGCCAGUCCUGCUGUGAGCGGGAGUCCGUGCAGACGGCGCCGCGCCAACAGGACCGCGGAGGGCGCGAGCCCUCUGCUCCGAGGCCAGCCCCAGGCUGGGCAGGCGCCAGACGCAGUCGGGGAUCGGUCGGGCCGUGCGCCCUGGUGUGGGUGCCACGCCGUGGCGUCGGGCCUGGAGGCCUGGCUCGGGGCGGGCGAGGCUCCCGGGUGAGGAGACUGCUGUGGGCAAGCAGAAGGUCACUGGGAUCGUUGCUUUCUGCUUGGGGCCAGAGUGCCCUGGGGGCGGCCAGAUGGGUAAUUGCGGCUGGCUCCACGGUUCGGAAAGGCCGAAGGCCAGGAUCAGGGCCUGGCUUGGGGUGGGCACCGGCCCCCGGCCAGGAACCUGCUGGGGAGAUGGGACUGAGCAGUGCCCGGUCCGAGCCGACUUAUGCACACCCAGCACCAAGGCAGGUGCCCCGGGAACAGCCGCCCCCACCAGGCCCCGCGGGACCUGCCCACCUCUCUGGGCGCCUUGGGAAUGGGAGUUACCAAGCCACAGCUAAGGGUGCUGGGGCCCAACCCAGGAGUCGCGACUCCAGCCCCACCCACAGCUGCCCUGCCCUGGGAGGGCAGGGGACAAGCGACCGCCGGGGUGACCUGGGACAGGUGGGCCGCCCAGCCCUGGCGUGGGGGCGGGGGCCCUGUUACUUGGGGGCCCUGCCCGUGACUGCCCUCCGGCUGGCUCUCCAUCCGAGAGGCUGGCUGCCUCAAUUGCCCCCUGUGUCUGCCCCUCCAUGUUCUUCCCUUUCUGCCUCCGCCUCUAGCUGGUUCUCUUUUUUCUUUCUCUGUUUCUCUUCCUCGUUGCCUUCCUCAGUAUCUCGGCCUGUCUCUAUUGCUAUCUGGGUCUCUGUCCCACCGACUCCUCCCCCACUUCCGCCCCAUCUCUGGGGCCCCCUCCCUCACCCCCGGCACACAUUCCAGCCUCCACCCCCGCCUGGCCGCCCCUCCCCGGAGCCAGCUGCCAGCCAUGCUGGGUGCCCGGGGUGGAGCGAGUGGGCUCAGGCUGGGUCAGAGGUCAGCGUGCAGGCUGGGGCCUUAGAGGGCAUCCCCCAACUCUUGCGGAAUGUGGGCGGGGCACACCCGCCCUCCCCGAUCCCCUCAGGCGGAGGCGGUCACGGCAGGCUGGGGGGGGGGGGCCCAGACAGCUGGCUACGACCUCGCCGCGCCCGCCCCACCCCCUCAGACACUGCCCCCGGGCCUCCCGGAGAGUCCGCACCACCCCUGCCCCCACACGGGGCCCCAAGCAGCAGCCGCCAGACCGGCCAGCCCGCCUUCUCACCCACGCCGGGAGAAGUGCACCCUCAACAGUUAAGGGCUCGAUCCCCGGCCAUCCUGUGUCUCCGUUUAUCCACGACUCCGCAGCCACCGGGACACAUGUGCACCACACCUGGCAACGCGCACACUCAUCCAGGCUCGGCUUCCCCCACCCUGGCUCUGGGCCCUGCGGAUUUGGGCCAGACGGGCCGGUUGGAGUCUGCCAGACGCUCAUUACCGCCUCCCGCCCGGUCAUUAACCAAGGUCGGGGGAGGACCCGGAGUCCAGCGGCCCGGCGGGAAGGCGAGGGGGCGCUGCGGGAGCGAGGUGACCCCGCCUCGUCUCCACGGCGACGCCCGCAGGCUGGAGUACGCGGCGGGACCAGGAGCCCCCGGCUGGGGUGACAGCGAGGCCGCAGCGCCCCCUCGCGGCCUUGGGGAGAGGUGGCGCAGCCGUCACAGCAGUGAUGAAGUGGGCCCUACCCGCUAG